UGAGUAUUUAAACGAGUGUUUCGGUUUUAGACGCCUCUCUCUUUCGACCCCUUCCUUCUCCUUACAGUACGCCUAUCUAGGGUUUUAGCUUUCGCUUCUUCCUUCUCCCCAUCUCUUUUAUUCUUCAUAUAAACUCCUAAGAUGAGCAACAACAAAGAUAACCUCAGCAUGGCCGAUCUCAGCGCCGUUAUUAACGAGGAGGAUCGAGCAGGCCUUGUUAGCGCGCUCAAGAGUAAACUACAUUCUCUGGCUGGUCAGCACACUGAUGUGCUUGAGAAAUUGUCUCCAAACGUGAGAAAGCGCGUUGAGUUUCUAAGAGAGAUCCAGAGCCAACAUGAUGAAUUAGAGGCAAAAUUCUUUGAGGAGAGAGCAGCACUUGAAGCAAAAUAUCAAAAACUCUACCAACCCUUAUAUACCAAGAGAUAUGAGAUUGUGAAUGGCACUGUUGAAAUUGAUGGAGCAACAAACGAAGCAGCAAUGGACCAAGAGGGGGAUCAAGCUGCUGAAGACAAGGGUGUGCCUGAUUUUUGGCUCAUUGCAAUGAAGAACAAUGAUGUGUUGGCUGAGGAGAUAACUGAACGUGAUGAAGGAGCUCUCAAGUACCUUAAGGAUAUUAAAUGGUGUAGAAUAGAUGAUCCCAAGGGAUUCAAGCUCGAGUUCUUCUUUGAUCCCAACCCUCAUUUCAAGAACACUGUUUUGACAAAGACAUAUCACAUGAUUGAUGAAGAUGAGCCCAUUCUUGAGAAAGCAAUUGGGACGGAGAUUGAAUGGUAUCCAGGAAAAUGUUUAACACAGAAACUUCUUAAGAAGAAGCCUAAAAAGGGAUCAAAGAAUGCCAAGCCAAUCACUAAAACUGAGGAUUGUGAAAGUUUCUUCAACUUCUUUAAUCCGCCUCAAGUGCCUGAAGAUGAUGAAGAUAUUGAUGAAGAUACAGCUGAGGAGCUUCAGAAUCAAAUGGAACAAGAUUAUGACAUUGGGUCAACCAUUCGAGACAAGAUUAUCCCUCAUGCUGUAUCUUGGUUUACGGGUGAGGCAAUGGAGGGAGAUGAGCUUGGAAUGGAAGACGAUGACGAGGAUGAAGAUAUUGAUGAAGAGGAUGAUGAAGACGAUGAAGAAGAAGAGGAUGAGGAGGAUGAAGAGGAAAGCAAAACCAAAAAGUCAGCUGGGAACAAGAAGAGUGGAAGAACACAAGUUGGGGACGGUCAGCAGGGCGAGCGGCCUCCAGAAUGCAAGCAACAAUAAUUUUGAUUGCUGCAGUGUAUGUGAAGUAGCUGAAUUGAUGGUUGUAAGGGAGCGGAAAGAAAGGGGCUUGAAGUUUUGGGUGGUAGUUAAUUUUUUAUUUAAUUUAUUUUCACUUUGUCAUUACGAACAAUUGGUGUGGAGUUCUUCUUUCGCUUUACCCUUUUGUUUUGGAGAGAAUGUGAUCAAAUAGUUAGUACGAGCGAUUUCUUUUUGUUGAUGCAUGUUGGGAAUUUGCUGGAUGCGAAUGUUCUCCACGAACUUCACAUUCGACCUCUAUUUGUCCUAGUAAUUAUAUUUAUACCUAGUUUUGGUCUA